AUGUCCUUCGAUGAAGAAAUUAAAGACAUCCGACCAAACCCAGGCGAAAAAUUCAGUGUUAUUGCUAUAUUACUCGUAUCAGGGAAAGUUCAUGUUAAAGAUUUUCUGAAGAACGUCCAAGUCGGCAUCAUACAAAGCGAUAAAAUUGGAGACCGGACCACUACUAUAUGCUGGUCACCAAAAGGAAAACAAUUGGUGUGUGGUAAUCAAGCAGGAAAACUUAUGCAGUAUACUCCGGACGGAACAUCCAAAGCUACUAUCCAGCCACCUCCAGAUUUACAAAAUCCUGUCUAUUUCGCCGACAUAAAUCUUAUUGCACGCGAUGAAUCAGAUAAUUGGGCCAGUUGGAUCCCUUCUGAAACAGAUCGUGCUGCACUUCCAUUAUCAGAUAUUCAUGAUCAGGACACAUUGCCGAUUGGGAUAGCACUUGAUUUUACAUCCACCACUCCCUGGACUACUCGAUUGGAUGCUGAGGAGAAUGUACAAAUACCACCAGUUCCUAUACUAUAUAUUUUGAAUGAUGAGUGUGACAUUAUAGGAUAUCAUAGCUUUUACAAGGAUGCAUUUAUUGCAAAAGAAACUACUCCUGGAAUGUUGGUGCCUAAAGUUCUUCCUUCUUCCGGACACAUAUCAGAAGCCAAUCUCACUAAAAAUACAAUACAACCUCGUGUUGAAAACAUUCCUUCUAUACCACCAGUUAAAAAGGACUUCUUUACUCCGCCAGCUCCAGUUGCUAAUGAAGAAAAACAUAAUAUAAUAAACAAUAAAACUCCAUCCAUUAUCAACGCCCCUCCUGUAUUACCAACUAUCACCAAGCCUGUGCAAAAUAAAAUAACACCAUUUCCCAGCGAGAUUCCUAGAAUAAGCUCUCAGAUCAAAUUGCCACAAGUUAGCGCAUCGCCCCCGCCUGUCAUUUCUCAGAUAAGGGCGCAACAAGUGGGUGCAUUACCUCCGCCCGUCAUUUCUCAGAGCUCUCAGAAACCGGUUUCCAAUCAACGAUUGACGAAAGAUGAGUCGGAGUCAAAGAUUCCACAUGCUAUUAGAUUUAAUGCUACCAAGAGAGCUAUUGAAGAGCUUCAUAUGCGGAUGGAAGAGGUGGAGACAAAGUACAUUUCGAAAUACCUUGCCCGGUCAAGUGAACAGAAUUUUGAUGAUAUCAAUUCUUGGACGAUUGGUGAUUUUCCCACGAUUAUUUCGGAGACGAAGAGAUUGAUAAAUGAAGCUGAUUACAAUGUUCAGGCUUUAGCUUGUUUGGAACGUCAAACAAGUGACCUCUUUCAUGAAGUUAGUCAAGAUGUUACCAAGACGAAGAAGGAAAUUGAAUACUUAAUGUACACCCCUCCCAACAUAAUUCCAGUGAGCCGCCGUGGAAUGUUGCAAACACGCAUUAAAGACAAACUUGUGUCCACUUUCAAGACUGUUAAAGAGAGUGUUAAAGAUUUGGAAAAGCAGUUGAAUGUGCUACAUGAACAAAUUCAAGAAAAAAAGAAUCGUAAUGUAUUAAGACCAUCUCCAUUGGAAUAUAUUGACCGGUCGAUUCAUAACAUUAGCAAGAGCUUAUAUCGUAACGCGUCUCAGAUUGAUAACUUGAGCGCACAUCUAGAUAAGAUCUCGUUGAGUAUGUCGAUAGAGAACGAAAGUUACAAUGUUGAGCCUUCGCUUGUUUCUGGUCAGAUCGCCAAAGAAGCAAAGUCCAUUAUGACACCUACACGAAAUAUUAAUAUUUCGUAUUCAGUGGACGCAGCAAAAGCAACGGCUACUUAUUUGAACAAAGAACGUCUUUAUGAAGAGCUUAAAAAUUUGAAUAAACUCAAGAGAAAAUUCCCGGUUAAAACUAAUCUCUUUGACGAAAAAACUUUAGAAAUUGGCGAAAAGAAACCAAUGUCUCCUAUUAUGAUUUCUCCAAAAAGAAGUCCAAGCCCUGUUAAGGUUCACGGUACGCCAACACAUUUACGUGAACCAGAAGUUACAAAUACACCGGGCUCUUUUACAAAGAUUUCAAGUCCUCUAAGAAAAAUAAUAUCCACUUCUGAUCAAGACCUUUCGUCCGAAUUAUUUAAUAACGACAUUUCCAUAAGGAAUAUCAAUAUUACUAAAUCCUCUCCUGAGAUAGAAGAGGGGGGCAUACUCUCCCCCAAAAUUGUAGGGCAAUCAUUGGAAAUAGGAAGCGAUAAUUCUGAUUAUGAGAACGAGCUUGAUGAAACUGAACAUUAUGAAUUUCCAGAGGAAAUCAAAUCCGGUAUACCUGAUAAAUCUAAUUUCCCGGAUAAUACAAGCCCUCGAUCUGAUAUUGAACCUCGCUUGAACUUUGGAACCUCUGAGAUCCAAAAUUUAAAUAAUGUUCAAAUUUCCUCGAACGAGAAAUUAAUAGAGUCUUUGGAUAUGAGGAAUCUAGGAAAAUCAGAAGACCAAGACCGGGAUGAUGACUCCAUAAAAAAUGAUUUUGACCGAAUUGUGAACACCAAUACAUCAAGGAUUCCCAAGACUUCUGUAGGGUUUGGACUAAAUUCUAUAAUUACAACUCCUUCCGAUAAUUUUGCGGCGGAUUCAUUCGAGCCAGAAGAACCAUCUUCCCAGUCAACCAUAUCCCCUCAACACCCUGCGCAAGAAUUAAUUCAGGAUGAAGAAUUACGUAAUUCAAGUGCUCAAAACAUCUCUCAAGAUUCUAUAGAUUCAAAACUUAGUAAAAGUUUCUCGACCGAUGUAUCAAAAUUCUCUCGAGUUUCCGAACUCAGUCAGUACUAUGAAGAAGUUGACGAAGAAUCAAACACUGAUAUAACUCCGUCGGAAAGAGAAUCAUUUUCUGUACUCUCAACGGAGAACGCGACUGUAGAAUUAAGUACUGAUAAUAAUGAUGAGAAUGUUCAAUCGACUUCUGAAACAAAAGGCGAACUAGAUUCAUCACCACGAAUUGAAGUUAAAUCUGCCCCUGAUGAAGAAAUUGUGAACUUAAACGCAGAAGCUACAGAAUUAAGUGAAAUGACUGAAAGUUGUUCUUUCGAAUUGGGGAAGCCGUUAAGUACUACCAGUUUAUCAAAUCAGGCUAGUGGAUUUGGUACCUUUGGAGCUUAUUCAUCAUCAACAAGCAAACCCAGUUUAUCAAAUCAGACCGAUGGAUUUGGCACCUUCGGGGCUUAUUCUUCAUCAACAAAUAAACCCAGUUUUGCAUUUGGUGCUCCUUCCUCGCCUUCACCAUUCGGUUCAGGAUCAACAUUUGGUAGUAGUGGUGAUACAAGUAUUCCACCAGCAUUUGCAACACCUCCGACUGCCGUAAAUGCAUUCGGACAAUUGCCAUCUGGCAAUUUGCAACAACCACCAGCGUUUGCUCAACCUUCUCUUGGCCAAUCCGUUACGCCGAAUGCUUUCGGGCAGCCGGCAUUUGGUCAGACAGGAUUUGGGCAAACACCAAAUUCUACAUUUGGUCAGCCAGCAUUUGGUCAACCGGCAUUUGGUCAACAUGGUUUUGGUCAGAGACCUGCAUUUGGAGCAUCUGCUUCAUUUGGUAGUUCUACUUUAAAACCCCCAAGCGGUGGAGGUUUUGCGCGAUUCGCGAGGUAA